CGUAUUCAGUAAGAAUAUCAAAUACAAUACUUAAAUUGAUGUAUAUAUGCAAUCUUAGAACAUUUUUAUACAAGCCUAAAACGAUAUGCAAACGUAAAUUCAGGUUUAACAAUUCAUGGAGUUUUACAGUGGAUGUGUUAUACCAUCAAAAAAUUUUAAAGUGUGUUAAUUGGCUUAAAAAUGAAGGCAAUUUGUCUUACUACAAUGGUUAUGUCGAUUAGUUUGAUGAAAAUCACAUUUGCGCAAGAACUAUUUGGAGCGUCCGUCCACUGGAGACCGACAAGUUACGCCUCGAUUUCAAUUUCAUACCGGCUCAUUUGGGAGGGACGUGACACAAUCACUACAACGAAAGCCAUUUGCAACUCGACCAGGAUACCGCUCGUAAUUCAACGUUGUCUAGAAUCAAUUGAUGAGAAGUUCCGACGUGGCCUGCUUUCCACACAAGACAGUAAAAUCAAACCACCGAUUUUUCGAGGAUACAGCUGGUUAUGUAUAAAGGGUUGUGGUAUACCCAAUAAAACAGUUGCCAACUUGUCAAAGUUAUAUUUCACUGAUGCGUCCAGUUUCUUUGAAACCGAUUGGGAGUCUGGCGUUGGUACAGCUGAGCUGACGUUCGAUGGUCACAACAAAGAUAACAUUAUUUUAGGAUUUGCUGACGAGAACGGCACUUUGGUUGAUGGUUUAGGAGAAGCGUAUUUGAGCAUGGCAGUGAGAAAUGACACAAAAAGACCUAAUAUCAGCCCUCUCGUAAACGUUUUGCCCGUAUACAGAUUGCCACUCGGUUGCAAUAUCACAAUACGACUGUUCCCGUUCGAUGGAGAUGGUGACAGAGUCGCUUGCUAUUGGCAGACGUACCCAGACGCAAAUAGUCCUUCUUCCACCGCAGUUCUUAACUCCCACACAUGUGAAAUAUUUGUUUCGGCCACACGCAGUAAUUUCAAAACAGGAGAUCUGAUCACUUUGUCUCUGUAUGCUGAAGACUAUUCUAGUUCGUUGGUUGAAUUUACCGGUGCCUCAAGAUACAUCACCUCUGGACCUUUUUGUAGAAUACCCAUCAAGCUUCGUGUAAUCGUCGGAAAUAGUUUCGCUUCUUGUCAUUCUGAUGGUCCUACAUUUAACCCAGAGGGAACAUUGCCACCGUACUUUAAGCGAUCGUAUGAAAUGGAGUUCUUUACUGGAGGAUACACUGUUGCGUUACCGUUCAUGACUGAUAAACAAUCAGAUACCAUUUUAACAUCUGGUCCAAGAUAUAUGAUAUUUACCAUCGAAAAAACCACAAGGCUGUUGAAGACUGGGGAAUGGGACAGUAUAACUGACAUUAGUAUGAAAGGCAUACACCAAGCAUGCGGAAUGGCGUAUUCAAGUGACGGAACCCCCGGAGAAAGUCUUUGCAGUGUGAUGAUGUUAUAUGAGCCUGAUGAAUGCAUGGCAUCGACCAAUCCUUGUGGAAAAGGAGGCGUUUGUAACAACUUCUUUGAGUAUUUCACAUGCACUUACCCUACCGUCAACAUCAUCGAAAAUAUUUCUCAAAAUGACAUAUGUAACACAGACAUGACGACAGAGAAAGGAAUUGGCGGUCUGCAGAUCGGCCUUCCCGUGAGUCUAUUUCUGCUGUUGCUGCUCCUCCUCAUCGCAGUGACGCUCUACCUUAAGCACAAAUGGACGAAGAGAAUGCAGACAACCGAUGUUGGAGAAAAAACGCAGAAAUAAACCGUGGCGAAAAGGGUCUUUAAACAAGUCUCGUUAUAUAACUAUCUCAUGAUUUCAAAAGGAUUGGCUUUUGCGUUGGUUGUAAAUAAUGUUUAAAAAUGUAUGUGUAUGCGUGCUUGUAUGAUGCUAAAAUUAUAGAUAUGUGGUCCAAGUUUGUAAAUAUUAAAUGAGUUUAUGAAUAUUGAUAUGAUAAAGAAUAUUAGUCAAACGCAGUCUUUUAAGCGUAUAAAGUCCAAAUUCUUGGCUUUGAAUAUUACAAAGCUGUUGAGCUAGCUUUAAUUAUUUUAACAGAACAGAACAUGUAUUUUAUUAUGACUUGCACAAUGUACAUCGUCAAUAUUAGAAAACAAACAAAGAAUAAUUAAGAACAUUCAUGUCACGGUAAUCAUAUAUUUUCAGUAACUACGGUAUACCUGUAUAUACGGUUUACCUGGUCUUUAUUAUAAAGCUUAUUACAUUUGAUUGUGAUAUACAUCCAUAUAAUGUAAUUCAAAAUGUUAAAGUAUGUGUCCUUGUUUUACGAGGAUGAACUUACAUUUAACAACGAGUUUCGUUUAUUUAAUGCGUAUUUAAUAAAAAGAUAAAUUUUAA